AUGGCCGAGGUUGGUCUAUUCGGGACCCAAGAUAUAGAGAAACUCGAGUUUGAAUACACGGUCUGGCCCACUGCUUGGAAGGACGAGGAAGAUGACAGAACCGAAGGAGCCAAUCUGGACGUGUUACUCUCCAAUGCACAUAAACGCGAGAAGUACUGGGAGUCUGUUGGAGUGCCGUACCGUCGAGUUAUCUCGGACGGCCAUGGGAAGCUCAAAUACCAAAGCCAACAGUGGGCUAGCUUACUUGCAGCCGAGUCUGACCAGCACGACGACAGACUCGAUACAGAGUAUGUAGCCCUGAGCCGAGCCGCCGCCGUCGAUCAGCCCGGAAAAGAAACGGUAUACAGUCACACGGGCGACAGAGUUCAGGGAGUAGACUGGGUCAUCGUACCCGUGUCCGACGUACCCAUUCUCCAGGCCGAAGGUUGGGAACUUUCGUUUGCUCCGACACCCGCCUUUGAAGUGAACAGGGGCUACAACGACCUGAGGAAGUUCCGAAGCCAGUGGACAUCGUGA